AUGUCGGUCCUCUUCACGAGCAUUUCGGAGAAUAAUCCAGUGAAGCCCGGCGAUGCCCAGGAACUCAUUAGGCCCUUAGGGCUUACUAUCGAUCCCUCUGAAGCAGACGAUUUUACCACUCUGCUGGCAGCUGUGCAUGAUUGCGCCGAGGGUGUCGCUGCAUUGCCGGAUUAUCAACCCGUUCCUGACCAGGUCAAAUAUCCUCGUGAAAAUGUUCGGCGACCGACGAAAGGCGAGCAGGUGCUAGGCCAGGCUUGGGCACAUCGGUUUCUCAUUCGUGGCAACCCCGAAGGAGGCAACUUGACAGGAAAAUCCGUUAGUUUGAAAGACGUUAUUGCAGUAGCUGGUGUACCUCAGCUGCUGGGCAGCGAUAUUGUUCCUUCUUGGACUCCGACCACUGAUGCGACAGUCGUGACAAGAUUAUUAGAAGCUGGCGCUGAUAUUCACGGAACGUCAACUUGUGAGAAUCAUUGCCACUCGACUUCCUCAUAUACCAGUGCCCAAGGGACAGUAGAAAACCCGCAUGCUACUGGGUAUUCAGCAGGAGGAAGCACAUCCGGAGGGGCAGCGUUGGUUGCGGCCGGCUUCGUGGACAUCACUAUCGGAGGUGACCAAGGUGGAAGUAUCCGGGUCCCUGCUUCAUUUUGUGGAUGUGUCGGUCUGAAACCGACACAUGGGAGGGUUCCUUUUACCGGCAUUUCCAGUGGGGAUGCCAUCAAUGACCAUGCAGGGCCACUAGCUCGAAGUACGCUCGAAGUUGCAGCGUGCCUGGAUGCCAUCAGUGGAUACGACGGCAUCGAUGACAAGGCACUUGCCAGUUCGCAGCCAGGCUCUACGGCUUUCGCAGAGGACUUGAAGGAGAGCCCCAAACGACUGGACGGUCUGAAGAUUGGGAUUUUAAGAGAAGGAUUCGAACACGACGCUGUGAGCUCCAGUGUCAAACACUCAGUCUUGACUGCGGCCCAGAAGUUCGAAGAUCUUGGUGCAAGCAUAGAAGAAGUAUCUCUUCCAGAUCACCUCCACGGACCGGCAAUCUGGACUAUUCAGCAACGAAUUGCCGGAGCCCAGACUCUGCUGGGACAAAACACCGGCCGAAGAGGCUUAUACAUGACAGAAGCGGAGCAAGCAAGACUGCCAUGGACAGACGAAGGGUUUCAGCGCGCAUUCCCAUCCACGAAGAACGUCAUAAUAAACGGCCUCUAUCUUAUGUCUCGCUUCCCAGGCCUCUACGGCAAGACUGCAAACAUCGGGCGUCAGCUGUGCGACAAAUAUCAGGCACUGUUUGAGAAGUAUGAUGUGUUGGUAAUGCCUACCACACCUGUGGUUGCACCCAAACACGGGAAGCGAGGUCUUCCGUUGGAGUCUCUCAAGCCCAGUAUGGGCCUCACUAUUAAUACCGCUAUCUUCGAUGUCACGGGUCAUCCGGCUCUUUCGAUUCCUAUUGGCUUUGCUCCAGCUAAGGAAGAUGAUCAAAUUAUGCUGCCGGUUGGUAUGCAGAUUGUUGGAGGCCUGUGGCAGGAGGGAAAAGUCUUGCGCGUUGGACAUGUUUGGGAGUCUUCUUAUGACUGGAAGAAAAUGCAAUUUAGCACGGACCAGAACUAG